AUGUACUUUCCUUUAAAAAGAAAAGAAUACGGCGAAUUAAGACCAGGCAAGUUCAUUCGUGCUGAAGCGAGCAAGCGUGCGUAUUCUAUACAGUUGAGCCCGUGUAAACAAGUGACACGUACGCAUCGAGGCGGGGUCCAUUCUGUAAAGAUUGAGCAUAUCGAACAGCAAUAUAUGCUUUCUGGCGGAGCCGAUGGAAGAAUUCAUGUAUACGACCUGAACACAGCUUCUGAUGCGGAUGGUUCUAUAAGGAUCAAAUCAUUGCAAGGUGUAACAAGUCAAAAUCGACAUCAUUAUGCUGUCACCACCUUAUCUUGGUUUCCCUUUGAUACCGGCAUGUUUAUUAGCUCAAGCUUUGACAAGACCAUUCGUGUAUGGGAUACCAAUACAAUGACACCAGCUUGUACCUUUCAUAUGGAUUCUCGUAUCUAUUGUCAAGCCAUAUCCCCAAUUGCUUCCCAUUGUCUCGUUGCCAGUGCAGCAGAUGAACCUCGAAUACGGUUGUGCGACCUUAAAUCUGGUGCCGAUACCCACUCACUUGGAGGCCAUGUCGGAUCCAUAUUGUCUGUUGCUUGGUCACCAAGAGAAGAGCAUGUGCUUUAUUCAGGAGGGUCAGAUGGCACUAUUCGUGUAUGGGACAUUCGACGAGCAGCAGCAUGCUUGAGACUUUUGGAUCAGCACAAUGGCGAUGCAUCUCCAUUGGCGGACACCAAUGUGGCACAUGGUGGCGGCGUCAACGGAUUUGCCUUUACAGGCAAUGGUCAUUACCUCGUGUCCCUGGGCCUUGACGAAAAGAUCCGACUCUGGGAUACAUUCACCUUGAACAACACACUCGUUAAUUACGGCUCAUUAUGGCGGAACCAAUUCCGAUUCUAUUUGCAAGCUUCCAUCUCAGAUACCAAUGUAUGGCCUCCCUUAUUAUACGUACCGAGUGAUGAUCAUCAAGUGCUGGUGUACGAAUUACACAGCGGCAUCUUAUUACGGCGACUACGUGGGGCCUAUGGUCGUGUGACAUGUACUGAAUACCGCCCUGGAUACCAAGAACUCUAUGUGGGAUCAAAUGACAGUGAAGUACUCGUUUGGGAGCCUAUCAAUGAGAAUGAUCAAGAGCCGAUAGACAAUAGCAUGGGCACAUUUCAGGAUACUUGGAGCGAGAGCGAAGAUGAGGAACAAUAG